GGGUCCUCCUGUGCUGCCUUGGUUUCGUUGAAUCCAGCCAACCGAACGCCCAUCUACUCUGUACAAGGCUACAAGUAGGAAUGUAACACGUCAACUGGGCUGCUGCAGGUCAGUAUGGAUCUUCUCCUCAUCCUUCUCCUCUUCUUAUUCCCACCCCUCUUUUUCUUUACCUCCUCUCCCCAGCCGUGGGGGUAAAGUGGAUUGGGAGGGAAUUAGCGAGAAGAGACGGGAACUAGAACGGAAAAAUAAAUACUUUAUAAAUGUGAGUUGUGGUGUGGAUGAGAAGAUGGCGGAGUCUUUCGACGGACUGGCAAUCUAGUUCGUUCUUGGUUGCUGAUGCCGGUGCAGAUUGCAGGUGCCGCUCUAGUCGCACACUGAUGGGAUGGGAUGAUAAGAGAGGAAUUGAUUCAUCUGGACACAUCCUCCUGCCGGCGCCCCUUUGGCCCGAUUCCUCCUCCCCUCGAUCCUCGGCAUAUCAAAGGAAGCGCCAAACUAAUCGGGUGCUGACCAUGCAGACUUAGCCACCAUGUCGCAUGGGUUAGUUUGCGUUAAGUCAACUGACAAGUCAUCUUGACCUAGGCGAUCUCACUGUGAUUGAUAAUUGAUAUUCGACCAUCGCCGUGGUCGG